GUAGCGGGCAUUCAGCUAGCCGAGCUGCCGUAAAGUGUUUCGUAAAGUUCCAGCUCUUGUUGACUUUAUUCAGCCUUUUCGUUUGAAGCCAUUCCUCCUGACCAAGACAGCGCUGAAGUGAUGUCAGAUCCGGCUCUGCUGGUUCUGUAUGGAAGUCAGACCGGGACGGCCCAGGACACGGCCCACAGGAUCGGCCGGCAAGCCCAGAGGAGGCAUCUGAAGGUCCGGGUUCUUCCUCUGGAUGGUUACAAUGUGGCAUACCUGAUUUCGGAGUCUCUGGUGGUCUUUGUCUGUUCCACCACAGGACAGGGAGACCCUCCAGACAACAUGAAGAACUUCUGGAGGUUUCUCUUCAGGAAGUCUCUGCCUGUUGGAUCUCUGAGCUGUCUAGACUGUGCGGUUCUAGGAUUGGGAGACUCCUCUUAUCCAAAGUUUAAUUUUGUUGCUAAGAAGCUCCACAAGCGUCUCCUGCAGCUGGGAGCAGGGAUGCUAAUCCCUGUGGGGCUGGCAGAUGAUCAGCAUGACCUAGGGCCGGAUGCUGUGAUCGACCCGUGGCUCCGCUCGUUUUGGGAAAAGGUGCUGGUUCUGCAUCCGUCUCUGUCCGACUUGAAACCUCUGAGGGACGACGAGCCACUCCCUCCAUCGUUCACCUUCCAUUUCCUGGAUGAGAAGACGGAUCAGAGAGACGAUCCGGCGAGGAUCGAAUCGGAGCAGGCCGUCCCCUCAGAGUCCCGUCCUUUUCAGGCCAGGAUGCUUUUCAACAGGAGAGUCACGGAGCCGUCACACUUCCAGGACGUCAGACUCAUAGAGUUUGACAUCAGCGGGUCCAACAUUGACUUUGCAGCUGGAGACGUGGUGAUGAUGCAUCCCCAGAACUCUGCAGAGGACGUGCAGCUCUUCUGCCAGCUGCUCCGGUUGGACCCGGAGUCCAGGUUCUGUCUCAGAGCCACAGGCGACGCUCCAGUUCCACCCAGACUGCCUCAGCCCUGCUCAGUGCGCCACCUGGUGGAGCGUUACCUGGACAUCGCCGCCGUGCCUCGCCGCUCCUUCUUCGAGCUGCUGUCCACCCUCGCCACCAACGAGCUGGAGCGGGACAAACUGACCGAGUUCAGCUCGGCGGCCGGACAGGACGAGCUGCACAGCUACUGCAACCGGCCGCGGCGCACGGCGCUGGAGGUUCUGUCAGAUUUUCCUCACACCACAGCAGAAAUCAGAGCAGAUCACCUCCUGGAUCUGUUCCCGGAGAUCCAACCCCGGUCCUUCUCCAUCGCCUCCUCUCUUAAGGCUCACCCAAACAGGCUGCAGGUCCUCGUCGCCGUGGUCCGAUAUAAAACCAAGCUGUACAAACCCAGGAGAGGCCUCUGCUCCUCAUGGUUAGCCUCUCUGGACCCUGAACAAGGAGAGGUACGGGUCCCCCUGUGGGUCAAGAAGGGCAGCCUCCGGUUCCCUAAGGAACAGGAAACUCCUGUGAUCAUGGUGGGACCCGGAACAGGAGUCGCCCCCUUCAGGUCAGCGCUGCAGGAGAGAGUUUCUGAGGGGAGAACAGCCAACGUUCUGUUCUUCGGCUGCCGCUCCGAGUCCAAAGACUUCUACUUCCGCUCUGAGUGGGAGGACAUGACGAAGGCCGGUAAUCUGCGACUCUUCACGGCUUUCUCUAGAGACCAGGAGGAGAAGGUGUACGUCCAGCACCGUGUGAAGGAGGCGGCGCCGCUGCUUUGGGAUCUGAUAACCAACAGGAAGGCCUGCUUUUACAUCGCUGGGAACGCCAAACAGAUGCCAGCUGCUGUGUGCGAUGCUCUGAAGGAGACGUUCCAGCAGGAAGGAGGGGUCUCUGCUGAGGAGGCGGAGCAGAUGCUGGUCGCCAUGGAGAAGACGGGCCGUCUGCAGAGCGAGACCUGGUCCUGAUCCGGAUCCAUCAGGACUAAGGUCCGAUUAUUAUUCUACUGCUGCUUCCUGUUUGAUUAAAGAAGUGUUUAAAACACGA